GUUCCUCGUCUCUUGCAUCCCAUUCACCACCCUGUAAAACUCAAAAAAGACCAAAUCCACCAGCCAAUAAGCAAAGAUGAGUAACGGAAACGCAGGUGAAGGAGUCGGCAAUGCCAUCAAGGGCGCCUUUAACACGGCCCACGGACUCGGCGAGACGAUCCGCGGCACCGUCAAUGGCAACCUCGACAAGUUUGGCGAGGGCAUCACCAACAACGAAGCCGGCGGCCGGGGAGGUACGGCCAACAGCACGACGAACCUCGAGGGCAGCGGCGCCACGGCGGCAGACCACCAGAGCACGGCGCAAAAGGGCCUCGACGAGAUCAAGCAGGGCAUCUCGAGUGUUCAGGGCGCCGGUCACGGCGGCUCGACUACGGGCACGGGCACGGGCACGGGCACGGCUAACACUACGACGCAGUAGAAUGCUAGUGCACACAUUUCCUAUGUUCUCAUUGAGAAUCACGCCACUCUCUUUUUUUGUCCUUUUCUCUUCCCCUUUGAUCUUGGAAUGAAUCUCUGCAUGCAUCCUGG